AUAUUAAUCACAUCCUGUCUAAAAUGGAGUCAAUUCGCGGCUUAAUCAAAGAGUUUCGGUCAUAAUUGGUCAAGUAUUUGAAUCCAAUCAAUUUUCUUCAGUUAAGUAGAUCUUGAUCCUCCUCCGUUCAAUCCAACACCAGACGUUAUGUCCGCGUCGAAAGCUCCUUUGCACUGCAUGAUAUUGCUUGUGGCAUCCUUUACACUUUUGUUAAAGUAAGAUAUACUUCUUUAUCCUUCUUUUCCAAAGGAUUUGUCUCGGCAGGGGAAAAAAUAGGCUUCUUUAAUCUGAAAAUGACAUAGGAAGUACGGUGGCUUGCUAGUCCCUGGCCCUUUGAAGCGCAUUCAUUUAGACUUUACAGUCAAGUUCCAACCCAAUCUAUCUCAUAUAUCCUGGCAAAUGAAGCCUAUACGAUCCUUUGACAUGUUGAACGUAAUUUGCCGUGAACAAUGAGGCGGCUCGCUCUAACAUUUUUACCUUCUCAUGCAAGUAAUAUCCCAAGCAUGAUGAGUCCACAGAGCUCUAAUGCAAUCAGGGAUCUCUUCAAAAUACGUAGUCUCAAGAUAUAAAGUUAUAAUAACCAGACAUUUCUAGAGCAUCUGUCCCCAUAGCCAAACUUUAUACGUUGUCUUGGGCAUUGUCUCAUGAUUUGAUUGAAACAGUCGUCGGCCACUCUUCAUUCGGGUUUUGUGUUUCUUUUAACACAGUGACAUCUCAUGACUUCUUAAUGACAUGGUGUGUAGUUAGGAAGCAAAUGCGCCAUCAAUUGGCACGAGAAACAGAGCUCAUGGAAAUGGAGAAUUCUCAUCACCAUGAAGAAGAGAAAAUGAUCAGAGUUCUUUGUGAAGCAUCCCAUAACGGGUGUGUUUCAACUUUGAGGACACUGAUCCAGCAACACCCUCUGGUUCUUCACAGAAUCAACCCCAGAACUACUUUCAUUGACACACCUUUGCACAUAUCAGCCUCACUUGGCCAUCUUGAAUUCACAAGAGCCCUUCUUGCUCACAAGCCUAAACUGGCCCUUGAGUUAGACUCCUUCCGAAGCACGGCCCUCCACAUAGCUUCUGCAGAAGGCCACAUCCACAUUGUGAAGGAGCUUUUGGCAGCUUACGAGCAGGCUUGCUUGGUGUCUGAUCAAGAAGGUAGAAUUCCAUUGCACGUAGCUAUAAUAAGAGGCAGGUUAGAGGUUGUGGCAGAGCUUAUCAGGGCAAAGCCAGAGUCUUUGAAGAUCCUUCACAAAGGCAGAACUGUUUUGUACUUGUGCCGUUGUGCGUGACAUAUAACCACUUGGGGAUCCUCAAAGCUUUGGUGGAUUCAAGCUUUGAAAUUUGUGAUGAGAUGCUUAAUUGGAGGGACUUGGAUGGCAACACCGUUCUCCACUUGGCCAUCAUGUUGAAGCAAGUUGAGACUGUAAGGUACCUGGUGUCAAUUCCUAAAAUACAAGAGGCAUCAACGUUGAGGAAUAAGAUGGGUUUUACAGCCAGUGACAUUGUUGCCGGGGUUCCAAAGGACAUGAGGAGUCUUGAAAUACAAGUCAUACUGAUGAACAAUGGCUUUAAAAGUGACAAGACAGAAACAGAUAUAAUUACACAAGCAUCAACAACUGGUGAUGCUGUUGAGGAAGCAGUGAAACCUGGGAAGAAGAAGUGUUGGAGAAAGAUGACCAAGCAUAUAGAAAGUUGGUUUGAGCAUAAUGGAGAAUGGUUAGAAGAUAUGAGAGGGAAUCUGAGUCUGGCGGCAAUUGUCAUCUCAACCAUGACCUUUCAAUCUGUCAUCAACCCUCCAGGCGGCUUCAUUCAACAAAAUAUAUCUAAUCCAAACAACACCACUUCACCCUUCGAUUGCUUGGAGAUGAAGGAUGAUUAUGCAUGUCCUGGGGAAGCCGUACUUGCUUCUGCAGAUCCAGCUAGCUUUCGCUACUUCAUAAUUCACAGUACAGUAGCUUUCGUUGCGUCUCUGGGAGUAACCCUGUUGCUCAUAAGUGGCCUUCCUCUUAAGAACAAGGUUGUGAUGUGGAUGCUGUCUAUGGGAAUGUGUAUCACACUCUCAGCAUUGGUGCGGGCCUACUUUAUUGCCUUCCUCAUGAUAACCUCAGAGGAACUCUGGAAUUCAACUGAUAAAAUGCUCAACGUAGUGGAUUGGACUUGGAUGGCACUGUUUGCACUGGUUGGUGGAUAUAUCCUAUUGGCCUUUCUUAUUUGGCUUGUCAAGUACUUCUUCAAGUUUAUUAAGCGCAUUGCCAUGGCGAUCCAUGUGCAUAGGCAUGUGAGGCGCCUGCCUUGGGCCUCUCAACCAGCCUCUUUGUAG